AUGAUUGGCUUUCAAUUUACUUCUGUGGCUCUCCUGUGCACGAUGUGUCUAGUAAACGGAUAUGCAGGUAUUGAAUUCUACAGAAAUUUAAUUCAACACCUAACUGGUUUUAUGAAAAUGGAAUCAGCCAGAUCUUUCGGCUUUUUCCUAUACCCAGUCUCCUCCUUCCUGCGUUGUAUUAGUCUUGUGCCCAGGCUUCCUACUGUCAAUUGGCUGCGGAAUCGAUGUGGGGGAUCUUGGUGCAGGUUUACUGAAUGAUGAGUAAGUGCGACACUUUGUGGAUAAAAAUUACUGAGGGAAGGAGAGGCAGGUACUGAAUGUCCACGAGUCUAAAUAUUUUCAAAGCUUAAUACAGAACGAGAACGAGAGUAACCGGCUGACGCACGCGCAUCGCGCAAAGAAGUUGAGAUUCUCUGAGCGAUUUCCUCUCCCCGCCCUCCCCCCCUACUUCUCCUGUAUUUCCCUUGUCAUUAGCGUUCAGUCCUCCAACGGUCUUUUAUGUGUUCAUGGCUAUCAAUGAGCGAAGGACGUAAGAUUAACCAGAGAUUUGUAGAUAGGAUGAAAAAAGAAGGGUGACUUAAUAUUUCGAACACUGGUGACCAGUGUGUAUGAUUUCCAGGGUGAAACUAAAAAAUUGAAUUGUUUAAGAAGAAAAACAUUUAUGUUUUCUUAAAGGGAUUUUUGGCGAUGAGUGCCCCGUUGAACUUUCACAAAAGACUUCCAGGGCUUGCCAAGAAAGACGUUAUCGACAACUUCUGGCUAAUAAGAAUAUCUAUCAGUUGGUUCCCAUUUCAUUUCUUCCUAAUGAACCAAUCAGAUGGUUGAACAUGACAAGUGAUAAGAUGGUAAGUUGCUCUACAGACUCACAUUCCGCCCAUCGGAGGUCUGGUGAUUAAUUGGUUAAUCUCUAUCCAUUCAGAACACAUUUUGAUAGAGUGCGAUGGAGGCAAAACCAACGAAACCACAGCAGCCAAUCAAAGGAUAGGAAAAUUUUACAGGGAGCCAAUAAGAAACCGAAAAAAAAAAACUCGAAACAACCUGAAAAGUGGGAAAGCGCAUAUGACCAGGUCACGAUAGGUUAUAGCUUUGCCUCUGAUUGGUUGGUAAUGUGGGUUGAACUUUCAACACCAAUCACAGAGCACCAAGCAAAAAAAAAAACGUGUAAUUUCGGAUUACUUCGAUACUCAUCUGAAAAAUACUCUGCCCAGCUUAUUGCCCAGUGAUUAUCUGUUCGUUUCCUGUAGUUUAUGACAGUACUCUUUCUUUUGUCCAACAUGACGCACGGGUUUUAGACGGUUUCAAAUAUCAUUCCUGAUUACUACACGGUGAUAAAACUAAGGUUAAAGGUACUGCAGUUUAACAACAUUUCUGAGGUCCAAUUGCCUUUGAAGAUGAUGACUGAUUGGUAAAAAAAAAAGGGCAAAAAAAAAACAGCAAUUAAUUCUUCUCAAAUUUCAGGAGCAACUUUUCCCUCCCAAAGUCAAUUCUCUACCAAGAUACAGAACUAACAACUACGUACCCAACAAUAUCUUUCAUCUUCGUCUCUUUGUAAUUUUAUUUCCUACAUUAAUGGUAGACUAUUCAUCCCUUCUCCUUCAAUAUCUUCAUUAACUUCUAGUCAAUUUUCAUCAAAUUUUAGUGAAAAUUACACAUAUGUGAAUAAAUGGCUACUACGAAUUACCAGAGUAAAAGUAAAAUCCUCCAGAAAAAUUGUAGAAAAGAUAAAUUCAGUCCUUAGGGGUUGAAACGUUCGAAGGUAAAUACAGUGGUGUUUUUGUUUUAUUUCAAGAGCCUUGUAUGGUUUGUUUUGUUUCCUUCAGAGAGCUGUAUUCAGUAAACACCCGUUCGAGCAAUGGGAAUUUAAUAUAUACCUUGCAAAAACCGUGGGAGGUGCUGAGAUUUUGAAACAGUGGCACAAACUUAAUGCAGGAGAAGAUAUACAAAGUUUUGCGGACUUUGUGAAGAUAUAUACUUUCUUCCGAAAAGCGCAAGAACAAUUGGGGGUAAGCAGAUGUAACAUUUUGAUCUAGAAUAGGCUAAGAAACCUCAUUCUUUUGAUGAAUUCACAAGAUGAUUCUUGUUCGCUCACUAUUCACCUUGUGUUGGCUUAUCGAAUGAUCAGCAAUGGAUUGCCGCCUUGUUUUUUUGCAGUUUUAUUAGCUAUUUACGUCUACAUGUUGCGCUCAAAACUUUUUUUCCCGAUAGGAUCCGUAUUUCAAAAAUCCCUCCGACGAAGAACCGUUCCAGAACAUCAUCAAGUACUGGAUGCGUGAUAAAGUGUUCGCUGAACAGAGGCUCGCGGGAGUCAAUCCUAUGACAUUGAUGAGGAUCUCAACCGAUAGGGGUACAAAAGAAAAAUUUUGAACUAAGCGCGGGAAAAUGGCGCUUGACUUUGAUUGAUGUUGCACGUUGUCUUAAUCACAUUACAUAAUGGGUGUGGCCAGGAGGAAGGGGUCUUUAGGUGCACACUAUCCCCUUUUUGCCAAAGUGAUGAUUUAUAUUAGGGAAAGGGAAAGGAAGCUAGAGUAAGGCCUCUUCUCAAUAAUCUCAGGUUUACGCCGCUUUUUAACUUAUGCAACAUUUGAUAACCUUUUUUACAAAGUGACAAGUAUUACAGCACAAGAAAGCGCUUUUUAAUUUAUCACAAAUUGUACUGCAUUUUUUCUAUGGGGACAGCGGAAAAGAGAGAUUUUUUUCUAUUCACCCUGUCAAUUGGAAGCACAGGAUACAUAUGCCAUUAGCUCUUAUGUUCAGUUUGACUAAUUUUUUGUUCUUGUCUCACAGAGAAUGUUGGUUUGAAGUGGAGCGAGCUCAAGAAAGUUUUAAAUCAGGAGUUCGAUUGGGAAAAUCUUUUAAUCAAUACUCCAAAUAUGCCAAAGAUCUCACUGCCAAAAGUAAGUCCUAUUUAGACGAAAGUUUUUGUAAGUGUGAAUUGAGGCGGCAAGGCCAUCCAAAUAUUUCAAGCUGAUCUCUUUUCCAUUGACUCACAGAGUUAGUUUUACAGUGAGGGAAAUUUGUAGAAUUUAGUUUUAGUAUGAGAAGAGUCAACCAAUAAGAGACGAUCCCAGUAAAGGACGCUGAUUGGUCAAGGAGAACAGGAAGAGUUUAAGCCAAAGUUUUCGAGACGCAAGAGAUGCUAAAAAGACUGAAAUUUUUUAGAUUCAUGAUUUUAUUACUAAUUUAAAGGGCUGUCUCAUUAGAAGAUCAAUUUAUUCAUGUCAGUAUAUAACAAGUUCUAGACAGCUUUCAGUAGGGAUAUUUGAGAACCGGGCCGCACAUCUGUUUUUGGCCUAAGUAGUGAGCUUAGUUUUGUCAGUUUGAAAGCGAAAACAGGAAAUCUGACGGCCAUCUUGGUUUAGAAUCAUCAAAUGCUCCUAUCUCUCAUUGGUCUCCUAAGCCGAGCUCCUUGGCAAAUUACCACUAAGUUCUUAGUGAUAUCCGUGGAGCGUGAUUCACAACCUUUUCCCGUUGUGAUCCCUGCCACAAGACCCCUCUCCCGCUUUCCCCCACACAACCUUUAUCUACAAUCCUCCAUUCAUCCACAGGCAAUAAGCAGCAAAAUGGUGUUUGUUUUACGUUAUCCACUUUUGGAUUAUCUACCAGCGAUGCCAGACAUCAUGGAGUCGCGUCCUCAUAGAAAGAUGUGGGAUCCUACUUCACCGAUAACGUUCUUCGCUGUCCAUCCAAACAACAGAAAUAAUCUGAUCCCAAUAGCCAUUCAAAUGGACGUCAAGCCCGGUAUGAAUAUUCUCUGUACAGAGUACAACGUGCGCUGUGAAAAGACAAGACAAGACCCUGAAAAAGAAUGUCGAUUAUUGUAAAAAGACCUCAUCCAUCUGCGUCCACUCGAUGAAAGUGACCGAAAAGUAUCUUGGUCCACUUUGAGGAGGGAGGGAAACUUUCGGAAUUAAUUAGUUUCCGCUUGACUUGACGUUUGUUCAAUACAGGUCGCAAUUUAAUAAAAAUUUUCUUUGAUUUCAUCUAUUUUUAGGUUCUCCAGUUUACACGCCGAAAGACGAUGGCCUCUGGAUGCUGGCAAAGCUCAGCGUCCAAGGCGCAGAUCUCGGCUACAACCAAGUCGCUGAACAUUUGGCGAAGACGCAUCUUCUCUUGGAGCCCUUCUGCGUGAGUAAGGACAGACAGCUGUCCGAGAAUCACCCACUUCAUCAGAUCAUCAAGUAUCACUGCAGGUUGUGCAUCGUUUUUAAAUUUUUGAUUUUGGCAAUUUGCAUCUAGAUACGCGUAAUAUGAGAAAUAUCCUGAUCAUGAUCGUAUCUUGAUCGUGAUUUUGUCGUUAUAGAAAUCGUGCUCGUGCUCGUUAUCGUAUCGUAUCGUGAUCGAAAUCAUGUUCGUGAUUGUAUCGCCAUUAAAAUCGUGAUUGUGUUCAUGACGUGAUUUUUUCGAGAUCGCCAUCGUGAUCGUAACAAAAUUGUGACCGUGAUCGUGAUUAUCACUAUCAUUGCAGAGGCAUCAGUAUAACAGAUAAGUUGGCCUUUCAACUUCUGUUAGGACCGAAUGAAAACCUGCACAAGCUGUUCCCGUACGGUUAUCGUGGAGCUGUAAACAUUGCUCUGAAGUCCUACAGGCAAACAAGUUGGAAAGAUACAGAUUUUAUGGGAAAUAUUAAGGUAAAGCUUAUCGCAUACCGGUAUUUUUCUCCAAAAUUUCAUCCUGUACUCGUAGGCGUACAAUAUAAUAAGGUAUGGUUCUCCUUAGUUGACAAUGGUUGCCUAAUAGGUGGAGCAAAACUUACAUAAGUUCACGCUGGAGCCUGUAAAACUCAAGUUUGGAUUGUGAGCGGAAUCUAUAAUGAACGGUUUUCUAAUUUUAAUCUGCAUCCAAGGGAUUGACCUCAGACUAUCGGAUUUCGCGGCUGGAAGCGACUCCAACUCUGCUUUUCAAAAAGCUAAGUACUUCAUUGCACGUAAGUGCCUGAUGUUUGCUAUUUUCACCUUAUCUCCAGAAACGCGGACUGGACUUCAGAACCCUCCGUUAUUUUCCUUACAGAGAUGAUGGUAAAUUCAUCUUCGAUACGAUCCAAAAAGCGGUCCGAGACUAUGUCAAUCAGUAAGUUGCGUGUGCAUAUGCGUGCAUAAGCGUACUUAUUUCCUGAUCAGUGAGCCAAUAUUAUCGUAUAUUCAAGCUAUACAAGCAUUGACAGCCUAUUUAACUAGUUUCUCUUUUUCUCCACUCCAGGUAUUACGAAUGUGACGAGGACGUACAAAGCGACUAUGAGCUGCAAAAUUUCAUGAAUGAGGUAUCUGCUGACGGCGUAGGGAUUGAUGGAGGCAAUGGAAAUGUAAGAAAAGCAAAAUUUUUGUCUUUUGAAGCAUUCUAUGAAGUUUGCUGGCCCAUGAAUUUUCUCGCACAGGAAAUCACUUGCACGACUCGGAUCAAAGAUCCCAUCGUAAUGAGAAGGGCGUUGAUCGCAGAAGUGUCUCUAGCGAGUACAAAUAGUCCCCGGUGAGGCAACAUUCUGCAGAUGAAUCAGACUAACGUAUUGCUCUUUCAGGUAAAGGAUCUUCCCAAUGAGUUGACCUCAGUUGAUAGUCUUAUGGCUUUCCUGACAAGACUUUUGUGGCAACUAAGCGCACAACACGCAGCCUUGAAUUAUCCCGUGGCAGACUAUGGAGGGUUUACACUUAACAUGCCCACGAAGCUGUAUCAAGAUUCACGAGUCUCCGAUGACGUGUUAUCCUUGUUCAAUUUUCCUAAUGCUAACAUUUCUGCGGUGAGCAUUCGUUCCUCGUUAUAUCGCCACAUAGUUUUAAUUUCACCAAGAGAUUAUAAACGGUUAAUUAACAGUUUAUAUUAUGGCCUGCAGUACAAUUUCUGUGCGGGCCUCAUGUAACAACUUGAUUUCAGGGUUUAAGAAUGUGACCCAGUUAGUUUAGUCGUUUUAGCGUGUGAUUUCCCCUGCGGAAGUUCGGGAGCGCCAGCUCCAUUAUAGAACCAACUCAAUGGUCUUGAAAUAACUGAAAUGAAUUUCCUGCUUUUUUGAAGACAUGUGCAAAUGGUCUGACGAUGUAAUAUUCUAGUGAAAGGACGCCAAACCCAGCAUACAAACUAGGUCCUGCCCCCUGUAUUUUCAAAGUUGAGCGGUUAGAACCGAUCGUUUACGAACCAAGGCACAACGAGCACGGGGUAAGCGAGGGGCACUGGGCACGGAACACGGAGCUCGGAGUACUGAGCAGGAUAAAAAGACCAUGGGGCACAGGGCUUAGGUCUCUAAGUGCAUGUAGCGCUCUUGUGUUUUUUCUGUGUCUCAGCAGGUCUAAAUAAAAACAAACUCGCUAAUUUCUGCUGGUUUUUUCUUCUGAGCAGCUACACGCUGAAUGAUAACGAAGGCGCAAACAGGACAACACUUAACCUUUCAGUUAAUGACGUAAUUUUAUUGUUAUCAAACUAAUACCUACUGCUGUUUUUUCUUCCAAAAGCAACACGCAAUUGUCGCCUUCUCCCUGACAAAUUACCGUUACGAUAGUCUCUUCGACUAUGGAAGCCAACUGCCGGACAAACGUGGAAGGGAUGUAAUAUCCAAGUGGUUUAACUUCCUUCAAAGACGCGUGCAGCCGAGCUUAGAGAAGAGGAAUCAAAACCGGUUCAAAGGGGAUCAUUUGACCUACCCCUACCUAUUGCCUCGCUGGAUACCGAACGGCGUACAGACAUAAAGAAUACUGAAUAAGAUUGCGAGAUAGAGGGAGAGUGGUUUUGGUCUUUUUGUUUCUUUGGAUUGAAGAAGAAAAGUUCCGAAACAUGAAAAUGAUUUCUACAUUGUUCAAACCAUGUUAAGCGAUUAAUAAAGCAGA